AUGAAUAGUAUCGAAUAUGAAGGUUUUGAUCAUGUUUGGAAAUAUUCAGUUCCAUGGUUAUAUUACUUAGUUGCAUUAUAUGUAAGUUUACCACUAGUUGCUUAUAAAAUAUUUCCAUAUCUAUUUCAUAGAAAACGUACUGGUAAAAAAUCAAUUUUAAUAUUUGUCCUUGGUGAUAUUGGACAUUCACCAAGAAUGUGUUAUCAUGCUUUAUCAUUUAGUAAAUUAGAUUAUAUUGUUAAUUUAUGUGGAUAUUUAGAAACAAGGCCGUCAAAUGAAAUAUUAGAUGAUGUAAAUAUUGAUAUUGUUCCAAUUAAAAUUGUGAAAAAUUCGGGUGGGUUACCAUAUUUAUUAUUUGCAAUUAGAAAAGUUUUAAUACAGUUUCAACAGUUGAGUUCAAUAAUAUGGAAUAAUGAUAGUGAUUAUAUAAUGAUUCAAAAUCCACCAUGUAUUCCAAUAUUGUUUAUCAUUAUAUUAUAUAAAAUUUUUAUAAAUAGACAAGUCAAAAUUAUAAUAGAUUGGCAUAAUUUAAACUAUACGAUAUUGAAUUUGAAAUUUCAAAAUUUAAAACAUCCAUUAGUUCAAUUUGUUAAAUAUUAUGAAUCCUUUUUAGGUAAAUUUGCUAAUUUGAAUUUAACAGUGACAAAGAAAAUGAAGGAGUUUUUAGUAGAUGAAUUUGAUUUCAAAAAGAAUAAGAUAGUGGUGCUAUAUGAUAGACCAGGUAAACAAUUUCAACCUGGAAAGAGAAUAAAGCAUGAAAUAUUUGAAGAUAUACCGAAGGAUUAUAAAAUUUUAAUAUCUUCAACAUCAUUUACACCAGAUGAAGAUUUCAAUAUUUUAUUAAAUGCAUUAAAACAAUAUGAAAAAGAAAAUACUCCACCUAUUUUUCUUAUUGUUACAGGUAAAGGACCAUUAAGACAAAAAUUUAUCGAAACAGUUGAAUCAUUAAAAUUUUCCAAAAAAAUUAUAAUUAAAAAUGUAUGGUUAUCAUCUGAAGAUUAUCCUAAAAUACUAGCUAGUGGAGAUUUAGGAGUUUCUUUACAUACAUCAUCAAGUGGAAUUGAUUUACCUAUGAAAAUUGUUGAUUUCUUUGGUUGUGGAUUACCAGUGAUAUCAUUGAAAUUUUCAGCAAUUGACGAAUUAGUGAAAGAUAAAGUUAAUGGAUUAGUUGUUGAACCUGUGGAGUUAGGUGAUACGUUAAUUAAAGUAUUUACAAAUGAUUCUUUAUUACAAGAUUUAAAAAAUGGGGCAUUAAAUGAAAGUGACAAUAGAUGGGAUAAUAAUUGGACAAAGGUAUUAG